AUGCAGCUGGAAGAGGAGGAUGACAAAGAGAAGGAGGAGAAUAGAAGGGAGGAGGAGAGGAGGAGGUAUGAAGAACCACUGGAGCACUGCAGCAAGGCGGAGAACUACCCCUGCCCCCCCAAAGCACAACCAGAGUCUCCAGUCGACGAGAUGUCAGGUACAGACAGACAGACUCACACAGACAUGCACAUGCCACACGUGAUAACAAAUAAACCUUUUAUGAAAAUCACAAAAUGUUGGAUCAGUUUGCAAGCACCUUCAUUCAUCCAAUCAUAGUUUAUAUAUCUCAUAUAGAAGCCGUCAUCUGGAAUAAUUGAUCACCUGGAAUAAUUUGAUAAGUAAACAUUGUACGUUAGCGGGGGUAACCUAUAAAACAAUUGAUAGGUUCUGAUUGUGACAUAUCCCACUAGGUUAGUCUUUAUGAAUAAUUGACCAAGUACAUAGACUUUGUAUUUUGGUGGAGUGUAAUAAAAUAAUUGAUUGGAUGUGAUUGUGACAUAUCCUGAUACGCUAGGGCUUUAUUGGAGUGACGGUGAAUCAGGCACGAAUUGAGAGGAAGGCAGUAAACAGAUGGGAAUGAAAGUGUCUAGACUUGUUUGAACAAACAGGCUUGGCAGAGCCAUGCUCCUCUAGUAUGUAUCAUUCUAUUAUGGUACCCUGAAUACACCUCUUUCUCAGAGGUAUUUUCUCACUGUCCUUUAUGCAGUAGCCCAAGGCUAAGUAGCUAGCCAUAGUAACUAUAGAGGAUUUUGGUUGUUGAACUCCGAUACAGUAGUUAGGCUACAUGUGAUCCAAUUCUCUAGUAGUCUUUUCCCAGUGAAUGAUGUGUUCAUUUGAUGCUGGCUAAUUUCAUUUAGCUUUGAUUGUCUAGUGAGUGAGAAUAAUUAUUCCUCUGUUUGAAUGUGUGUUUAGUUUAGUUUAUUAGGAUCCCCAUAAGCUACUACACAUGCAGCAGCUACUCUUCCGGGGGUCAACAUAAAACGUACAAAUACAUGACUAAGUACAGAACAGUAAUAGACAAGAACAACAUAAGAUUUUAUAUAUAUAUAUUUUAAUUUAAUGUAAUAAGUUAUAUUUAGGACAGACACCAAGAGAUAACAAAAAUACUAUUUACACACUAUUAAUAUACUGUAUAUAUAUAUAUAAAGUCUGAAGUUUACAUACACUUAGGUUGGAGUGAUUAAAACUCGUUUUUCAACCACUCCACAAAUUUCUUGUUAACAAACUAUCGUUUUGGCAAGUCGUUAGGACAUCUACUUUGUGCAUGACACAAGUAAUUUUUCCAACAAUUGUUUACAGACAGAUUAUUUCACUUUCAAUUCACUGUAUCACAAUUCCAGUGGGUCAGAAGUUUACAUACACUAAGUUAACUGACUAGCUUGGAAAAUUCCAGAAAAUGAUGUCAUGGCUUUAGAAGCUUCUGAUAGGCUAAUCGACAUCAUUUGCCGGGACGGCAGGUAGCUUAGUGGUUAAGAGCGUUGUGCCAGUAACCGAAAGGUCGCUGGUUCUAAUCCCCGAGCCGACUAGGUUAAAAAUCUGUUGAUGUGCCCUUGAGCAAGGCACUUAACCCUAAUUGCUCCUGUAAGUCGAUCUGGAUAAGAGCGUCUGCUAAAUGACGUAAAUGUAAAUUGGAGGUGUACCUGUGGAUGUAUUUCAAGGCCUACCUUCAAACUCAGUGCCUCUUUGCUUUACAUCAUGUGAAAAUCAAAAUAAAUCAGCCAAGACCUCAGAAAAAAAAUGGUAGACCUCCACAAGUCUGGUUCAUCCUUGGGAGCAAUUUCCAAACGCCUGAAGGUACCACGUUAAUCUGUACAAACAAUAGUAUGCAAGCAUAAACACCAUGGGACCACGCAGCCGUCAUACCGCUCAGGAAGGAGACGCAUUCUGUCUCCUAGAGAUGAACGUACUUUGGUGCAAAGUAAAAAAUAAAUCCCAGAACAACAGCAAAGGACCUUGUGAAAAUGCUGGAGGAAACCGGUACAAAGCUAUCUAUAUCCAAAGAAAAAUGAGUCCUAUAUCGACAUAACCUGAAAGGCCGCUCAGCAAGGAAGAAGCCACUGCUCCAAAACUGCCAUAAGAAAGCCAGACUAUGGUUUGCAACUGCACAUGGGGACAAAGACUGUACUUUUUGGAAAUAUCCUCUGGUCUGAUUAAACAAAAAUAGAACUGUUUGGCCAUAAUGACCAUCGUUAUGUUUGGAGGAAAAAGGAGGUAACUUGCAAGCCGAAGAACACCAUCCCAACCGUGAAACACGGGGGUGGCAGUAUCAUGCUGUGGGGGUGCUUUGCUGCUGGAGGGUCUGGUGCACUUCACAAAAUAGAUGGCAUCAUGAGGAAGGACAAUUGUGUGGAUAUAUUGAAGCAACAUCUCAAGACAUCAGUCAGGAAGUUAAAGCUUGGUCGCAAAUUGGUCUUCCAAAUGGACAAUGACCCCAAGCAUACUUCCAAAGUUGUGGCAAAAUGGCUUAAGGACAACAAAGUCAAGGGAUUGGAGUGGCCAUCACAAAGCCCUGACCUCAAUCCUAUAGAAAAUGUGUGGGCAGAACUGAAAAAGUGUGUGCGAGCAAGGAGGCCUACAAACCUGACUCAGUUACACCAGCUCUGUCAGAAGUAAUGGGCCAAAAUUCAACCAACUUAUUGUGGGAAGCUUGUGGAAGGCUACCCGAAACGUUUGACCCAAGUUAAACAAUUUAAAGGCAAUGCUACCCAAUACUAAUUGAGUGUAUGUAAACUUCUGACCCACUGUGAAUGUGAUGAAAUAAAUAAAAGCUUAAAUAAAUAAUUCUCUCUACUAUUAUUCUGACAUUUCACAUUCUUAAAAUAAAGUGGUGAUCCUAACUGACCUAAGACAGGGAAUUUUUACUAGGAUUAAAUGUCAGGAAUUGUGAAAAACUGAGUUUAAAUGUAUUUGGCUAAGUUGUAUGUAUACUUCUGGCUUCAACUGUAUAUAUACACUACCAGUCAACAGUUUAGACACACCUACUUAUUCAAGGGUUUUUCUUUAUUUUUACUAUUUUUUACAUUGUAGAAUAAUAGUGAAGACAUCAAAACUAUGAAAUAACACAUAUGGAAUCAUGUAGUAACCAAAAAAGUGUUAAACAAAUCAAAAUAUAUUUUAGAUUUUAGAUUCUUCAAAGUAGCCACCCUUUGCCUUGAUGACAGCUUUGCACACUCUUGGCAUUCUCUCAACCAGCUUCAUGAGGUAGUCACCUGGAAUGCAUUUCAAUUAACAGGUGUGCCUUGUUAAAAGUUAAUUUGUGGAAUUCUCCUUCUUAAUACGUUUGAGCCAAUCAGUUGUGUUGUGACAAGGUAGGGGUGGUAUACAGAAGAUAGCCCUAUUUGGUAAAAUACCAAGUCCAUAUUAUGGCAAGAACAGCUCAAAUAAGCAAAGAGAAAUGAUAGUCCAUCAUUACUUUAAGACAUGAAGGUCAGUCAAUCUGGAAGAUUUCAAGAACUUUGAAAGUUUCUUCAAGUGCAGUCGCAAAAACCAUCAAGCACUAUGAUGAAACUGUCUCUCACAGGAAUGGAAGACACGGAGUUACAGGAAUGGAAGACCCGGAGUUACCUCUGCUGCAGAGGUUAAGUUCAUUAGAGUUACCAGCCUCAGAAAUUGCAGCCCAAAUAAAUGCAUCACAGAGUUCAAGUCACAGACACAUCUCAACAUCAACUGUUCAGAGGGGACUGUGUGAAUAAGGCCUUCCUGAUCGAAUUGCUGCAAAGAAACUCUUACUAAAGGACACCAAUAAGAAGAAGAGACCUGCUUGGGCCAAGAAACACGAGCAAUCGACAUUAGACCAGUGGAAAUUUGUCCUUUGGUCUGGAGUCCAAAUUGGAGAUUUUUGGUUCCAACCGGCGUGUCUUUGUGAGACGUGGUGUGGGUGAACGGAUGAUCUCUGCAUGUGUAGUUCCCACCGUAAAGCAUGGUGUUAUGGUGUGGGGGUGCUUUGCUGGUGACACUGUCUGUGAGUUAUUUAGAUUUCAAGGCACACUUAACCAGCAUGGCUACCACAGCAUUCUGCAGUGAUACGCCAUACCAUCUGGUUUGGGCUUAGUAGGACUAUCAUUUGUUUUUCAACAGGACAAUGACCCAACACACCUCCAGGCUGUGUAAGGGCUAUUUGACCAAGAAGGAGAGUGAUGGAGUGCUGCUUUAGAUGACCUGGCCUCCACAAUCCCCCGACCUCAACCCAAUUGAGAUGGUUUGGGAUGAGUCGGACGGCAGAGUAAUGGAAAAGCAGCCAACAAGUGCUCAGCAUAUGUGGGAACUCCUUCAAGACUGUUGGAAAAGCAUUUUAGGUGAAGCUGGUUGAGAGAAUGCCAAGAGUGUGCAAAGCUGUCAAGGCAAAGGGUGGAUAUUUGAAGACUCUCAAAUAUAAAAUAUAUUUAGAUUUGUUUAACACUUUUUUGGUUACUACAUGAUUAUAUAUGUGUUAUUUCAUAGUUUUGAUGUCUUCACUAUUAUUCUACAAUGUAGAAAAUAGUAAAAAUAAAGAAAAACCCUUGAAUGAGUAGGUGUGUCCAAUCUUUUGACUGGUACUCAUAUAUAUAUAUAUAUAUAUAUAUAUAUAUUCUUAUAUAUAUAUAUAUAUAUUCUUAUAUGUAUUCUUAUAUAUAUUCUUAUAUAUAUUCUUAUAUACAGUUAAAUUAGAUUUUUAGAAAGAGGAACGAUAUCAGUGAAAUGCUUUCGAUAAAUGAUUGGUAUGGUCGUUGUCAUUUUCUGUUUAUCGUCCCAGCUCUAGUUUGUUUGUGUGUGUGUGUCUGAACCCUGACGCUGUCUCAGAGUCUUGACAGAACAGUGCUUGGGCUGUUCAACAUCUGUUUCCUGCUGAGUUUGAAUAUGUUAGAGGUGUUUGCGUGUGUGUGUGUGUGAUGACUGAAAUCCCCUCAGCCCAGUCACACAUAGACGAGGGGAGUAAAUCGCACGUGGAAGUGACACAAGUUUGUCUGUCAGAGGUGUCUGUGUGAUCUAUCUCUGUCUGCUCCUGUUAUGAAGGCACAGAUUUCAUCUUCCCUGUUGUUAGCUAUCAGACAGUUGGAUCUGAAAUGGUUUGCUUUUGGUUGUGAAAAGGUUGUGAAGGAGGGUAUUCCAAGGUUAGAUGAGAGUAUCACUUGUUUGUAAAGCAUCACGUCAGACGGCACACUAUACUGAAUGUUGAGAACUGAAUUAUCUUUCGAUGUUGUCCCCCAUCCACCACCAUUCAAAUUGAACACCACCCCCUAGUGGUAUUCUGGCUCACUGUCUGCAGCUCUGCACUUGGAACGGGAUCUCCGUCUGUGUACUGUAGGCUAGUGAGAUUUAUGUCCCCAUUUACAGAGUGAUUUAUCUAGGCCUUAAUACUGCUUGACAAUUGACUGUAAACAAUCUCAGGUUAGCUCUUGAACAAAGAGUGUUUCCAUUUCUACUAUUAACGUGAAGUCCUCUCUCUAUCUCUCUCUCUCUCGCUCUCGCUCUCUCAAACUCUCUCUCUCUCUGUGUCUCUCUAUCUCUCUCUCUCUCUCUGUCUGUCUGUCUGUCUGUCUGUCUGUCUGUCUGUCUGUCUGUCUGUCUGUCUGUCUGUCUGUCUGUCUGUCUGUCUGUCUGUGUCUGUCUCUGUCUGUCUGUCUGUCUCUCUCUCUCCUCUGUCUCUGUCUCUGUCUCUGUCUCUGUCUCUGUCUCUGUCUCUGUCUCUGUCUCUGUCUCUGUCUCUCUGUGUGUGUGUGUCUUUCUCACUCUCCCUCCUCUCCCAGACCUGAGGAGUAAAUGGUAUCUGGUGGUGGACCGCCUCACGGUGCUCUUCCUCAAGUUCCUGCAGUACUUCCAGCAGCUGCAACUGACCGUCUGGUGGCUCCUGGAGCUCCACAUCAUCAAGAUUGUCUCAUCCUACAUCAUCUGGGUCUCCAUCAAAGAGGUGAGCUGACCUAUUCAGCUACUUUCUCACCAGGAUUGCAAUGAGAAUACUAGCGUGAGAUGCUAACAGUCCUCACAAUCACUGAUUGUUAAUGGAUUGUGUAUGCACAGUCUCACCACUUUUCAGUUGAUCUCUCUAAAUGGUCUUUACAUUGUAACGGACAACUCUCCUCCUCCAUCAAAAUAGGCUUCCAAAAUCCAAUGUAUGGACAGUCCCACUGUAUUUUCAGAACACAUACUCCACCUUGAGAAUGUUAAGGUGUCUCUUGACUGAAUCUGUUUUCCAGGUGUCUCUGUUCAACUAUGUGUUCCUGGUGAGUUGGGCGUUCGCCCUGCCCUUCAGUCAGUUCAGGCCCCUGGCCUCCAGCGUCUGUACCGUCUGGACCUGCGUCAUCAUCGUCUGCAAGAUGCUCUACCAACUCACCUCUAUAAACCCCUCUACAUACUCUAAGAACUGCUCCAUGGUGGGUAGAGGCCCAGGGAGUGUGGGUUAGUGGAAAGGGGGAGUGGGUGUGUGUGAGUUGGUGGAAAGGGGGAGUGGGUGUGUGUGUGUUGGUGGAAAGGGGGAGUGGGUGUGUGUGUGUUGGUGGAAAGGGGGAGUGGGUGUGUGUGUGUUGGUGGAAAGGGGGGAGUGGGUGUGUGUGUGUGGUUGGUGGAAAGGGGGAGUGGGUGUGUGUGUGUGGUGGUGGAAAGGGGGAGUGGGUGUGUGUGUGUGCUGGUGGAAAGGGGGAGUGGGUGUGUGUGUGUGGUGGUGGAAAGGGGGAGUGGGUGUGUGUGUGUGCUGGUGGAAAGGGGGAGUGGGUGUGUGUGUGUGCUGGUGGAAAGGGGGAGUGGGUGUGUGUGUGUGCUGGUGGAAAGGGGAAGUGUGUGUGUGUGCUGGUGGAAAGGGGGAGUGUGUGUGUGUGUGUGCUGGUGGAAAGGGGGAGUGGGUGAGUGUGUGUGCUGGUGGAAAGGGGGAGUGGGUGUGUGUGUGUUGGUGGAAAGGGGAAGUGUGUGUGUGUGCUGGUGGAAAGGGGGAGUGGGUGUGUGUGUGUUGGUGGAAAGGGGGAGUGGGUGGUGUGUGGUGUUGGUGGAAAGGGGGAGUGGGGUGUGUGUGUGUGGUGGUGGAAAGGGGGAGUGGGUGUGUGGUGUGUUGGUGGAAAGGGGGAGUGGGUGUGUGUGUGUGGUGGUGGAAAGGGGGAGUGGGUGUGUGCUGGUGGAAAGGGGGGAGUGGGUGUGUGUGUGUGUGUUGGUGGAAAGGGGGAGUGUGUGUGUGCUGGUGGAAAGGGGGAGUGGGGUGGUGGUUGUGGUGUGUGGUGGAAAGGGGGAGUGGGUGUGUGCUGGUGGAAAGGGGGAGUGGGUGUGUGUGUGUGUUGGUGGAAAGGGGGAGUGGGUGUGUGUGUGUUGGUGGAAAGGGGAGUGGGUGUGUGUGUGUUGGUGGAAAGGGGGAGUGGGUGUGUGUGUGUUGGUGGAAAGGGGGAGUGGGUGUGUGGGCGGUACAGUAUGUUUAACUUCUCAUCUUUCCUUUCCUCAAUAUUUAUUUUCUCUCUCCUUUCUCUCACUCGCUCUGCUUUCUCUCUAUCUCUCUCUCUCUCUCUCUUCUCUCUCUCUCUCUCUCUCUUCUCUCUCUCUCUCUCUUCUCCCUCCUCUCUUCUCUCUCUCUCUCUCUCUCUCUCUCUCUCUCUCUCUCUCUCUCUCUCUCUCUCUCUCUUCUCUCUCUCUCUCUCUCUCUCUCUCUCUCUCUCUCUCUCUCUCUCCUUCUCUCUCUCUCUCUCUCUCUCUCUCUCUCUCUCUCUCUCUGUGUGUCUCUCCCUCUGUGUCUCUCCUCUUUGAGUGUCUCCUGUAGGGGGUCAGUCUGACCUAAAACAGUCAUUAUACUCUGCUGUGUUGUGCUAGCCUGUAUUGCUUCCUCUCGUCUGUAGCCUCUGAACUACACGGAUGCCCAGAGGAGUGAGAUGGCCCACUCCCUGCUCUACAGCGCCCCUGUGGACCCAGCCAACUGGGUGGGCCUCCGCAAGUUCUCCCCCCUACUGGAGAACCUGAGGGUGAGUGGAGGAGCUGCACUGGGAAGCUGACUACACACACACACAGGCUCACAUGGGCACAUAUGCAGCAUGCACACACACACACACACACACACACACACACGCACAUACACAUACACAUUCAGUAUAGCCUGUCUCUCUCACAUAUACCUACAACUACUGUAAUUGUGUUACAUUAUACACUAAUAUCAUCUCCCUGUAAUCCCCUCCAGUGUUCAAAUGGCAUUUAACUCUUGGUGGUAUCCUGUAAACAGUGGGUUAGACCUAUAUUGGACCAAUGUGUUUAUGGGGGUGCCAAUGUUAAUGUCAUUGACACAUACACUGUCAUUUGAACCCUGUCCCCUUUAUCUGUCCUAUCUCCAUCUCCAUCCAGAACAACCUAUUGAUACUGGCCCUGCUGGCGUUCGAGGUGACCAUCUACCGCCACCAGGACCUGUACCGCAUGAGGAACAACCUCACCACCCCUGUCACCAGAACCGUCUUCCAUGACAUCACCCGCCAACACCUCGAUGACGGCAUCCUCAACUGUGCCAAGUACUUCAUCAACUACUUCUUCUACAAGUUCGGCCUGGAGGUAUGAUGUCAUGUCACUGUUGAGUUUGACUAUGCAAAUACCUUAUCAGUUUUUGGACUAUAGCAAAGUGUGCAUGUUUUUUCCUUGUGCGAUAGUUGGAAUAUUUACAAGAAUAUCUUUGUUUUGAAAUACCUAUUAAGAAGUAAUUGUUGAGUUGCCUUAGGGCUGGGCAAUAGAUUGUGAAUACCGGUAUACCGGUAUGGAUCCACAUCCAUACCGGUAACGAUAUUUGGAUACAGUGCUAAAUUAAAUGAAAAGUUCUACAAAUUGGACUACUUCACUCUCAGUAGUUUUGUCCUAGUUUGGUUGAGUAUAAAACCAUCUGAAGAAAGACCAUUAAAAUCACUUAGAAUUAAUUAGUGAUCAUUCUAGGGUCAAGCGCUAAUCAUUAAACAUAUUUAGAACUUUUAUUAUUCAGAUACUGCCAUACCGUCAAAAAUGAUAAAAAUAUUGCGAUAUGAUAUUUUGACCAUAUCACCCAGCCUUAAGUUUCUUACAAUGUAUGGAAUUAUGACUGAGACAUAACUCCUACUUCCAAACUCCAUCUUCGUGCUUCCUACCCAUAACCCUCUGUAGACCCAAUAUAAAGUCCCUUUAGACUAAACCUUCCUAAACAUAAACUAUUAUCAUUGUUAUUGUCAGACAUGCUUCCUGUUAGCGGUGAACGUGAUUGGCCAGAGGAUGGACUUCUAUGCCAUGCUCCACGCCUUCGGCCUGAUCGUGGUCAUUUACCGGCGGCGGCGAAAGGCCAUCGCUGAGAUCUGGCCCAAGUACAGCUGCUUCCUGGCCUGCAUGCUCACCUUCCAGUACUUUGUCUGCAUCGGCUUCCCCCCGGCCGCCUGCAAAGGUGGGUGGAGCAACAGAAUGAUAUCGAACACAUCAUUUUGUAUUGUAUUGUAUAUUGUAUGUAGGGCCAUUUAUCUCAAUGGCUGGACCUGCUGCGUCCAGUUUGUUUCAUUUAAUGUCUCUCCUUGAUAGUUAGAAUACAUGUGUUAAUGUUUGUACAUAAUCUUGCACAGGUCAUGACAGACUGUAUAAUCAUAGUGUUUAAAUGAAUCCAUUCCCUCUCCUCUGUUUCCCAGACUACCCAUGGAGGUUCCCCUCAUCCUCCACAGACUCCAACGUCAUCAAGUGGCUCUAUUUCCCUGACUUCCACACCAAGCCCAACCCCCUGUUCCUGCUCUGUGAGUACAACCUGUAUUGACUGAGCGUUUGCCAUUGGGAUUGCUGCCAUUGGGACUGGGACUAGGACUGGGACUGGGAUUGGGACUGGGAUUGGGACUGGGAUUGGGACUGGGACUGGCUUGUCUUGAAAGAAGUGUGUUUUGUUUCUUCAUCCUCCUGUUUUCUGUUCCUCCUCUUCCUCCUCCUGCAGAUGACUUCAUGCUGCUGCUGUGUGCCUCGCUGCAGAGGCAGGUGUUUGAGGAGGAGAACGAGGCUGCCGUGCGCCUCUUGGCCGGGGACAAUGUGGAGAUCUGCAGGGACCUGGACGCCGCCUCCUUCAGUCAGCACAACCCUGUCCCUGACUUCAUCCACUGCAGGUAGGGGGCUGGUUCACUGAGUGUUCCUGACCCUGGAUUCGAAGUCUAUAUGCUACACAGUAUCAGCCAGGCCCAGGUCUGGUGCACAGGCUGUGCCUGAUCAGGUUUCGAACCCGUGACUCAAGAAAGAGUUAUCCCUAUGUACUAAAGUCCAUGUGUUUUUCUCAGAGUGCCAACGUGAGUAGUUUGGUCUUAGGCAAGAUCUUCCAUUCACUGUCAAGCUAUUCCACCCUUUCUCUCUAAGUCCCUAUCGAAAGUGCCUAUUAUAGAGUCGCUUUCGACACUUUCCUUGGGUUCCCAUUGUUUUGAAAUGUGCAGUGGUUUAGUGAGCACAUUGCCAAACGCCUGUGUUUUCCCUCCACUCUCACCGUUCUUUCCCUCACUCAGAUAACUCAGGGAUGUUAAAACAAUCAUGCCCUCCAAGCCUUUAACCGUGUCCUGUGAGUGAUUCAAACAUGGUUUUCCAUGUUCCUGAAACAGGAGGAACCAUUCUGACACGAGUGGCCUUUAACGCUGUGACAGCCGGCCCUUUGAAACGGUCAGCACGAGGUCGUAUCAGAAAUGUCACCCCCCUCCCCCUAGACUAAUCAGUCAAUGUACUCCGAAGUCUCGACGACACCACUGCUCCUCCAGUUCACAUACAUCUGUCUGUAAAAACAACAGGAGGUGGUGAUGACGAUGAUAGUGAGGACGAUGUGUCAACAAAGUUGAAAUAUUGAAUUAAUGAAUAAAAAUAUUGUGUUGUAGAAUAAAAUACACAACGUAUCUCUGCUCAUCACUUGGGCUCAUCUCUGUAUGGAUAUAAAAAAGAUUGUAUUUGGACAUGUAUUUUUACAGAAUAGAUUUUUGUUGAACGUUAUUUUGCUACUGUUUUCGGCAACUGCAUGCUUUCCCCAUAGUCUGGUUCAAAACCCGAUUUUGAAAUUUUAUGACAGAUUCCAAACAAAUUACUUAUUAAAUUGCUUUGAAUGUUGUCAUUCCCUCAACUAAAUUCAAUCACUUCAAUAAGACUAUAUUCAUUAAUUUCCCUCUUUCAGAUCCUACCUGGACAUGCUGAAGGUGAUCAUGUUCAGCUACCUCUUCUGGUUCGUGCUCACCAUCAUCUUCAUCACGGGCACCACGCGCAUCUCCAUCUUCUGUAUGGGCUACCUGGUGGCCUGCUUCUACUUCCUGCUCUUCGGGGGCGACCUGCUGCUCAAGCCAAUCAAAAGUAUCCUGCACUACUGGGACUUCCUGAUUGCCUACAACGUGUUUGUGAUCACCAUGAAGAACAUACUCUCAGUAAGUGUUGGCAACACUAGAUACAGUGUUGAAUACUGGGAUUACUGGGAAUUCGGAAACUCAGUUUGGGCGGCCAUCUUGGCACCAAACGUUGUAGUAAGACAAUGACAUUGUAGUUAGAACGCAACAUUUACAAAUGUUAUUGUUGUGGGUUUUUGGAGCCAAAGGGGAAGAAAGUUUGCCGAAGUCUGGCUCUGGGCGCAGUAUGGUGUCACACACCUGCCUAAUAAUUGGGAAAAAAGUAAAAAGACCGAUACUACUCUAAAUGAAAACAAAACAAGACUGCUGUCCUGAAACAAGGGCCGGGAUUCAAUCUGAUCGCACUUUGUCAACAAUGAGGCUUUUAAAGGCAAUGUUCCUGCGUUUGCGGAGAUUGCAUUAAUGGUAAACACUGCAGAUCAAUUGGGGACAGAUAGGAUAAAUUCGGCCGACUGGCCAGAUCGGAUUAGUUCGGUCGGCUGAUCAGAUAUCUGCAACAGCAUACACUAAUCUAGAUAGUGUGGUGUGUUUGGCUGUCCUGUUUUAGCUGACUGUGGUUUGUCCUCUCGGUCCUCAGAUACUAGCCUGUGGGUACAUAAAAGUCCUGGUCACCGAUCACUGUUGGCUCAUUCAGCUCUUCAGCCUGGCCUGCACUAUAAAGGGCUAUUCUAAGCGUAAGUGACCUUAUUAGCAAUGUAAAGUAGCAUGCCUUUGGAAACUCACUUUCUCUGUGUUAAUAUGUGACAACAAUUGAACACUCGCUUGAAAGGAUUUGCAAAACAUUAUUCAGUUACAUUUUCAGAAAUGCUUGAUGAUAACUCCAUUGGAAGGGGGUGGGGACUGUACAGUAUUUUUGGAGUUGAGGAGAAAAGUUUUAUUUGACUUUCUUCGAAAUAUAAAAAAUCUAAAUAUUAAAUGAAUAAAUAUUUGAUGAUUAAUAUUUUUGAAAUCCUUGCAGCUGAGCAGCAGACCAACAAGCAGUGUGAGUUGCCUAGCGACGAGGCAGGCAUCAUCUGGGAUAGCAUCUGUUUUGCCUUCCUGUUGCUACAGCGACGUGUUUUCAUGAGCUACUACUUCCUGCACGUGGUCGCCGACAUCCGCUCCUCACAGAUCCUCGCCUCCAGGUAAACUUAACCUCGUCUACUAUCCAGCUCUCUCUCAGUUGAGCCUGGGGAUAAGGUUUACUUUAAUUUACUUUACCUUACUUUACUUUCACAAUGACCAUCACAUAAAAAAAUUGAAAAAAGAAAAUCAAAGUUUACUGUUUAUUCAAUCAAAUUAUUUGUCAAUUUAUAUGAAAAGUAUUGUUUGUUGUGUUAGAGGGGCUGAGCUGUUCCAGGCGACCAUAGUGAAAGCUGUCAAAGCCAGGAUCGAAGUGGAGAAGAAGUCCAUGGAUCUGCUGAAGAGACAGUGA